AUGUCUAAUCUUCAUCAGUUUCGCCUGAAAUGGGAAAACCACUCGAACAACCUGCUCAACGUCUUUGGCAGAUUGUUUUCCAACGAAAGUUUCACCGAUGUCACUCUGGCGGCACAGGGACGCAGCAUUCGAGCACACAAGAUGGUGCUGUCGGCUUCUAGCAAGUAUUUUGAAAAGCUCUUUUUGGAACAUCACAUGGAAUCGACGUGUUCUCCAGGACCGAUGAUUGUGAUUAUGCGUGAUACCAGUUUCGAAGAUUUAUCCUGUAUCAUCGAAUUCAUGUACAAGGGAGAAAUCAACAUAUCACGAGAACAACUAGGAUCGUUGCUGAAGACAGCUGAAAGUCUAGGAGUUAAUGGCCUAGCACAAGCGACCCAAGAAAAGAAUACCAACGGCGAUGCAACAACAUCGAUGAGGGAAGUGUCUUCAUCACCGACCAAUCUUCCGUCAGAGCUUCAAAAGUCGCACAACGAUCGUGUGAAAUCGUCAUCCAGAAAACGACUUCGGAUUCGACGUAGUAUAGAGCCGGAAAACCAUGAUUCCGGCAGUCCUUAUUCAGACCACAGUCAAACUUCGUCCACCAACUUCUCACCUCGCAUUGAAAAAGUCGUUUCCAUGGAAACCCCAAGAAAAACGACACCCGUUAACAACGAUUCUACUCCGAUUCCACCCAAUUUCACCAAUAAGAUUACAUCACCAAAUUUCGUGGCGUCGUUUGAACCGAUUCUGCUGGAAUGCGAUCCUGUCCUCCAAGAUUCGCCAACAUUUUCCAACAUUGAAUGUGAUCCGCACCCUCAAGUCAAACAAGAGCAAUGCAUAUGUGAUUUCUUCCGAGGAUUUAUCGUUUAUAAAUUCAACGACUACAUCGCCCAAUGCCAUGGAAAUCGACAACAAUACUGGGAAGAACCCUUCACGCAAGCUGUCUUGAAAGGAAUACAGGAUCGCGAACUGGACAUGAGGAAAGGAGCUCAGCUUUUGGGUGUGUCAUACAGCACACUUUACGGACGAUACCGAUAUAUUCAAACUUAAUAAGUGAAAUACGAUUGCUUAAUUUGGUUUUCUCGGCUUGGUGAUAAAAAUAAAGUCAAAUUUCUGGCA